UCAGGGUAGUUUUACAAAAGUGAUGCGUGUUUCCACUAAUGUCUCUGACAGGUCUCACUCUGUUAGACAUUGCCAGAAACCAGUGGGAACAGCAGAUCUUUUACAAAGCCUUCCACAUUCAUAUUGAUUCAAUGAUCCAGCUCUCCAAGUCAUGCUUUUUAUAUCCCUUUUGUUGUGCAUAGAGUGAAAGUGGUACCAGUUGACAGUGGAUGGGGAGCAGGAAGAAAUGCCCCUCACUAAAAGACCCACUCAUGAAAGAGGGGGGGGCAUGACACUGAGUUACACCUUUGGAGUUUGCAGCAGUGAAUUAGGUUUUCACCGGCCUCUGAUAGGGAAAAAAAACAAGAGGAGGUCAGCAACUCUGCAUUUUAUUGAGCUUUCUCUAAUGUAGCCUGCAGUAAGGAAGAGCAAGAACUGUUCGAGUGCCUUGUUAGGUGUUUUACACUGGGCUGGCGAAUCAUUCAAGCCAGGUUAUAGGGCUACCCUGACAUAAGGAGCAGCUUUCCGUCUGCAUACCACGUAUGUCUUUAGGACAGCCCAGAUUCAAAGUGUCAAUAAAUAGGAAGAGCACAGAGAUAAGCAACAGAGCUCCCAGUCUCCGGAGGCAACAAAUGGGUCCUGAUUUUUCUGCAUGUGAAGAUUGCCCAGUUCUGUUUCCCUUCGCUGGGAGAAAAUGCUUCACUGCAAGGACACAAGAAGGUGGAAGAGGAGGGAAGAGGCUGUCCACCCAGCUUCACGCAUGGCCUGGUGCAAGUCUCUUCACCUGCAGGACCUGCUUCUCCUUCACUGUACCAUGGGAUGAGCAAUGCUUGUCUACCCUGAAGGAUUAUUUGGGCAUCAGCAUUUGUAAGCUUUCAGAGAAAUAUGGCCCCGUGUUCACGGUCCAUCUGGGUUUUCAGAAGGUGGUGGUGCUCACUGGCUAUGAGGCAGUAAAUGACGUCCUACUGAACACGGCGGAUGUGUUUGCGGACAGACCGGCUAUACCCAUAUUCUAUCACAUCCAGCGUGGAAACGGUGUGUUCUUUUCUUCUCAAGAGCUCUGGAAGACGACACGGCGGUUCACCAUAGCCACCAUGCGGGAUCUCGGCAUGGGAAAGAGUCUUGGAGAAGAAAUGAUGCUCGAGGAGCUUCAGUUUUUCAUCGAGUUGAUCAAAUCCUUUAAAGGUGGACCUUUCCGAUUACGAUUUUUGAAUAUGGCUCCCACCAACAUCACCUUUGCUAUUCUCUUUGGGAGAAGGUUUGAUUAUGAAGACCCAACGUUUCUCACUCUGUUAAGACUCAUAGAUGAAGUUAUGCACCUUCUUGGCUCUCCAUUCUUGCAUUUAUUUAAUUUCUACCCAUUCCUUGGAUUUCUCCUCAAACCUCACAAGAUGAUACUGAAAAAAGUAGAAGAGGUGUGUGUGAUCUUAAAGAAGUGCAUCAAGGAAAGCAAAGAAAGUAUUAAUGAAAACAACCUGAGGAGCUACAUUGAUGCAUUGGUAUUCAAACAAGAGGAGCAAAAUAAAAGCAAUACACUUUUUCACGAUGCAAAUAUAUUGGCCUCUGCACUCGACCUGCUCAUGGCUGGCACUGAGACAACAUCUACAACAUUGCAAUGGGCCAUUCUGCUGCUGAUGAAGUACCCAGAGAUUCAAAAAAAGGUGCACGCAGAGAUUGAGCGAGUUCUUGGCCCUGGCUGCUUGCCUACAUUUGAGGACCGGAAAAAAAUGCCAUUUACCAAUGCGGUGAUCCACGAGGUGCAGAGAUUUGUCACCCUCCUGCCCCAUGUUCCACGGUGCACCUCUGUUGACACCCACUUUAAAGGCUACUUCAUCCCCAAGGGAACAACAGUGAUUCCUCUGCUCACCUCCGUGCUGCUGGAUAAAACGCAAUGGGAGACGCCAGAUGAAUUCAACCCCAACCAUUUCCUUGAUGCGGAUGGGAACUUCGUAAAGAAGAAAGCGUUCCUGCCCUUCUCCACAGGGCGGAGAAACUGCAUCGGAGAAAGUCUUGCUACGAUGGAACUCUUCAUCUUCUUCACAGGCUUGAUCCAGAAAUUUACUUUUAAGCCUCCACCUGGGGUCAAAGAAUCUGAGCUGGACACGACCGCAGAGGCUGGAUUCACCAUGAGACCCCAUCCACAGUGUGUCUGCGCUGUGCUACGCCAAUAAGGCCAAGGCUCUGAACUGAGACAAAUCCACGUAGUAGUUUCGUACAGAGCGUAGCAGACGCAUUAGAGACAGGUAGUGUCUUCUUACUCAAAGCCUUGCAAGUACUGGCUAUAUGCUUAAAAUACCUGUUGAACAAGUAUUUUUCUAAGAAGCAGAGGAGGGCUGGUGGGUAAGGUUACCUGGAAAAUUCCAGCCUGAUACAUGACAGAACAGCCACUACUUUACACAUCAAAUACAAAACAUAAGAAAGUUA